AUGAGGGCAUCUUGUCAUAACGUAUCUAGUUUUUUCAUGAACUUACAUUUUACAUCAGUUUUCAUUGUUGCUACAGUUCUAACCUCUUGCAGACGUGAAGGCUUUGAUGAUAGUAUGCUGGCUUGUGACCAUCCUGCGUUUCCAUGGAGGACGAAGUGUAUAUAUAAUAUAUUGCUGGUCAAGAUGUUUAAUGUGUCCACCAUCAUUUUCCACGAAGUUUUCGGAAGGCUGCUUUCCACGUUAAAAGAUCUCCAAAAGUUCGUGUUCGUGAAGGUCCAGUUCUCCUGCGUCACAUCCUUCCCACCUACUGUAUUUUACUAGGGCGCAUAUCGUGCACCUUGAUGAGGAAGGACUUGCUCUUCGUUGCGCCUUUUGAACCCGUGAGCAUCGACAGCUUGCAGAAAGUUGAACUUGUGCUAGUCAGUAAGCUCCCACCUGUCUUUGAUUCAUACUUUUGUUUUUGUUUUGCAGAAUUAGAAGCUAUUGCUACCCUUUUCUUUUUAGGUCUUCACUAAUUGUUUUUACUGUAUUUUUGGACUUGUGAAGUAUACUUCUUGAAUGGAUUGCUAAACAUAUA